GAGUUGAUCAUACGGGCCGUAGAGGCCCCAUGCUGAACCUGGCGGAUCCCCGUUCCGGAGGGGUAGGUCUGCGAACUUUGGAUAGGUGCGUCCUUCUUGAUCUGACAUUUUCGAGGAGUUCUGUUGUGCUGGACGUCACAUGUCCCUUUAGAGUUUGUCGGUUCUCCACGCCAACGCGGGGCCAACGCGGGGAGGCUCGAGCGUCGUGCGAUCAUUCUUGCGGGUGGUGGGGUGCAGCUGGCUGGGCGGUGUUGCAAGUGAGUUCCUAUGGGCGGUCGCAGUUGAUUGUGGGAAGGGUCGUUACUGGAAUUGGGAUUGGGUUGUUGACUGCUGCUUUGCCUGUUUGGCAAGCAGAGUGUUUGACUCCUGAUAUCAUCUUCGUGGGAAGAUCGGCAUGGACCGUCAACAAUCCCUUCUCGGCGCCGGUGGACUCCAAUUCUUCUCCCUCUGUGCUUCAUUCAUCCCAUGGUACGCCAUUGACCGUGGAGGGCGGAGACGGCUGAUCAUGUCCACACUUGCUGGCAUGGGAGUUUGUUUGGCGGUUUCGGGGGCGUUGGUGAGGUAUGGAGGGAAGGCAAAUGGGAUUGGGGCUACGGAUAUGUUGUAUUUGUUUGGGGUCUAUCUGGCUGAGCCGCUCCCGCUUCGCUUGCGAGGGACGGGGAAUGCACUCGCAGUAUGUUCGCAGUGGUUACAACGUUCCUCGUUGUCGAGAUCACGCCUCCAGCCAUCUCUAACAUCGGCCACUGGACAGACUGCCGGACAGAACCUGGAGGAGAUCGAUAGUUUCUGCACUGAGACCAACUUGAGAGGGGCAGUUGUAAAGUCGCUUCAGAACAAGAAGACACAUAACAGGACGCUGAUGGAGUCGAUAAAAGAAGACAGGCAUAUGGACGACGGCGACAAGAACCAGGACAUAGUUAUGGUAGAGUAUGUCUAG